GCGAACGUUCGGCUUUGCAGAGUCUCGAGGUCGACGUCUCCGAGGAGUUGCAGAAAAACCGGUGGUGGCUGGAGGCUGGCCCCGACUUGCCUGCCGGACUAGAGCUGAUCGGGGGCCCCAGUGCUUGCCAGGGCAACGCGUGCUAUGCCAGCUUCCUCGUGUCGGGCUCGUUUCGGGUCGGGCCCGGGGAUCGGUUGGUCGCGGCAAAGCCCAUGACGGAGACGGACGACAAACUGUUUUCUUACGCCAGCCAG